CAGUGUGAAGUACUUGGACACGAACAUCACAUACUACAACGUGACUUUACAGUAAAAUAUGUAUGAAGUUUGCAAGCGAAUUGAGCAAUAUUUAUUUACUACAUUGAUUAGUUGAUAUAGACUAUAGAUGGCAUAGCCUAGGUCUAUCUUAGAUGAUAGACCUAAGUAGUCCGUGAGUUUGUUUUUAAGCGUCAUGUCGACGCCAUCUAUUCGGGUGUUUCGUAAAUUCGAAGGAUUAUUUUCUGUUUACAAACCAAAUGGAGUUCAUUGGAAACUUGUCCGUGAUACAGUUGAGACGAAUAUACUCAAAGGUAUAAAUGCAGCCCCUCCUUCAGCUCCUCGUCUCAGAGUCAAGUUUUUGUUAGGGCCAGGUGGGAGCAAGGGUUCCAGUGACCUUACCCUCUCUGUGGCCUCCCUCCCAGCACUAGCUGACCACCCACUGGUGAGUGGGCCUGAGUUUCAGCAGGUCCGUGUAGGAGUCGGACACCGCUUGGAUGCGUUCUCAUCGGGUGUUCUAAUUCUUGGAGUUGGGCAUGGUAAUAAGGCUCUCAAAGACCUCUAUGGAUCAUGUGUCACCAGGGAUUACAUCUUGGAGGGGGAAUUUGGGAUGGCAACUAACAAUUUCACUCACACUGGCACCAUCAUAGAGAAAACCACAUAUGAUCACAUCACAAGGGACAAGCUGGAGAAAGUCUUGGCCAUGAUGCAGGGAGUAAACCAGAAGGCUCUCCUUGUAUACUCCAAUGUCGACAUGAGCUCCCAGGAGGCAUAUGAACUGGCUGUGAAGGGGGCACUGCGUCCAGAUGGGAAAACACCGCCAAUAAUGUUGGGAUUGCGCUGCUUACACUUUCAACCACCCCACUUCACCCUGGAGGUGCAGUGUAUAAAUGAGACACAACGAUACCUGUGCAAAGUCCUUCAUGAGGUGGGUUUGGAGCUCCGCAGCUCUGCAGUUUGUAAAGGAGUGCGGCGUACCAGAGAUGGGCCGUUCAUCUUGCGGGACACUUUGACCCGCCAUCACUGGGCUGCUCCUGAUGUCAUGCAGGCCAUCCAACAGUACCGCUCUCUUACAAAUGCACCCAAACACACGAGGAUGGAUACCAAAAGCACCAUUACAGGCACACAAGAAGACAACCACACAGACAGUCAAUGGCAAGAGAAGGGAAGAAAAGAAGCAAUUGCUCCACUUAACUGACUUUAGUAUUUUGACAUAAGCUGUCCUCAUAUUUGUAACUUAUAUUUCUUAUGUGAUGUCUCCUCUAUGGCGAAAAAUGCUGCAAAUGCAACAUGCAGUAUGAUUUAUUUUGCU